GAAGCUGCUUGCCUACAGUCACCUCUGCCACACUGCAGAGGUAGGACAGAGAGUCGACUCCAAGCUAUUUUUGAGAAAAUAUUUUGAGAGAAAGGUUCGGACCAGUAGUAUUAAUUUGUAGAACUUCGAUCCUGUAGAAUUACAUUUUCGUUUGCUUCUUUGAAAGGUUAGUACGUGAAGACUGGGAUUUUAAUUAGUAUUAGAAACAGUAAUUUAAAAGUAGGCAUAUUUUUGUGUGUGUGUAUUUUAUAUAAAGCUGCCAUUUCCUGUUUUUUUAGCAAUGCGAACUUUAUUAUAAAAUUUCCAUUAAUUAGUAAAUACAUAGUUAACAUGGUAUAAAGUAGAUUAUGUUGUUUUUUUUAAUUACUAGGAAUGGCUGACCGCGGGCCUUGUCAUUUGCUUCGUGACUCCGAGGUUAAAGAAAAUUCCAUGGGAUAAUUCCUCUGUAUAUUAUGAAUUGGGUGCUGUUGCGUCAUUAAAAGGGCUGCCAACCUAUUUCCCUCACCAAUACUUGUUACAAAACGUUUUCGACGUCGAUUGGAACCCCUUUAACACAUACAGUUAUGCACAAAACACGAUUGAAGAACUAUGUAUGUUAGUAAAAUAAAGUAGUUCUUUAACUUUUCAUACCAAGUAAAGUAAACAACAUAUAAAGGAAUUUGUGCAGUUGGCAAGUUUGCGAAGUAGGAAACGUGUUGAUAAGAAACACCUACAGCACAGAAAACGACCGCAUGAAGGCGAAGCACCGACUAAUCUUCCAGUAAACCAUCAGCUUCUGAACUACAUUGUCAGUCGAUCUCAGGGAGACAAUAAGUGUGUUAAGACAGAUGGUUCAUGCAGCACACAAGGGAGUGGUGCAAGAAGAAAACAUUUUCCCAAGAAAAUCGGGAAGGGUAGAAAAGGGGACAAUGAUAAGAGUAACUCCCAUGCAUCCCAGAAAGAAGAUGGUGAUGAGAGUGAUCAAGGAAAAAGUAGCUGUAAGAAAAGCCUUGCAAGGGCAGUGGCUCGGAAAAAGAAAGUGAUGAUGAAGAUUUUAGAAAGAGAAUGGAUGAUGAGGACCUCAGUUCUGGCAAGGAAGACAGUGAUGACAGUGCCAGCCCACAAAGGAAAAAGAGGGACACUAGUGCCAAAAGGAGAGAGCAUGAUGGUGAAAAGGAAUGCUUCUCCAACUGAUGGCAGCAGAACUAUGAGGAAUGAUAACACAAAUUCUCCUCUUUUGCCAAAUAAUCUGGUGAACAUUGACUUUGAAAUAAGGCAGCCCCAAGUAAUACAGCCCCAGCGUCUGUGUCAGUACUGGACGAAAAAGAAGUUACAGAUUAAAUUUUGUCUUUUUGCAGUUUUAAUAGUGUUGAUCUGCAUGGGGAUAAUCCAUCUUACAUCAUAUGAGAUACUAGAUGGCAUUGGCUUCACUUCAGAGGGUGUACGCGGGAAUUCGCAUGCAUCAUCAUGGCAGUCGCAGAUCCAAAAAAGUAAUUCCGGAAAACUUAAGAAGAAUAGCCUUUUUUCAACUCUUCAAAGGGCUGCUAUAAAAGGCUUCAAUGCAGAAUGGAAAAGUUAUAUCACACUUGGGGGAUUAGUUGUAGGCAUCUCGUUAUGGCCCUUUGUGUUCUGCUGUUACAAGAGAGUAUCAAAGAAAAAUUCAGUAAAUGAGGACCAUAUACAGUUGGCUACAGAAGAGAACACUAUAGUCUAAGUAUGUGGUAUGGUGAACAAAAGAUAUAGUGAAGGGUCUACUGACUUCAAAAGGUGUUUCCUCAAACUACCUUGAAAUACCGCCAUAUUUGUGGUCUUCAGUUAGUAAAUUACCUGCUAAUUUGAAUAAUUUUAUGUAGACUGAGGUAAAAUUGGAUUUCUUCUUGAGAAAUUCAUACAUUAGGCCUUUUGCAGCGAGGUCUGGGAUACUGAUUAUUAUAGUCAUCAUUAAUACAGCAGUAGCAAUUGAGCCACUGUCAACCAUAGACUUUCAGCAACUUCGCUGGCAUUAGUGUAUUACAGAUUCAUUAGGCUUUGAGAACAGCAGCACUGCCAACUUUUCCACUAAAAUAAAUAUGUAUUGAAAGUAUACAAAUAGCUUAGUGUUGUCCAUGUUUGGUUGUGAUGAUACGUGCUUAAUAAGGUACCCUGAUAAAUUGAAAAUGUUAUUGAACACUUU